AGGGCGACUCCGGCUGUGCUCAUCACAAAAUUAAGCGCAAGUCCUGCAGUAAAAUUGUAAACAUAGUUUCCAAACGACUGAAGGCGUCCUUCAGCGAACAGUGCUGUUUGGUACUUGAGCUGGUGUCGCUUCGUGCUCAGGAUAGAGCACCAGAUUGAUGGAGAAGAAUGGCUCGAAUCUCGUUGGAAUCCUCCAACUCUUUACCAGGGAUCCCCCUCAGUGUGCUGUCAGUGCCCAUGGAGAAUAAAUACAAAUGUCAGCAAUGUCUCCAGGUUCUGAGGAGGCCUGUCCAGGCUCAGUGUGGACAUCGCUUCUGUGUACACUGCUUCAAGCAGCUCACCAGUUCUGGCCCAAAGCCUUGUGAAGCCUGUCGCCAGGAGGAAAUAUAUGAGGAGCCCAUUUCCAUACUGAAUAGUAGUGAGGCAUUUCCAGAUAAUGCAGCAGGUCGGGAAAUAGCAAGUCUGCCUGCCAGGUGUUUGAACCAAGACUGCAAUUGGACGGGCUCAAUAAAAGAGUAUGAGGCUCAGCAUGAAGGUCGCUGUGAUUUUGAACGGAUACAAUGUGAGGCCUGCCACAACUUCAUCCUCCGUACAGAGAAAGACCGACAUAACGAGAGAGAAUGUGAGGCACGAACACUCAACUGCAAAUACUGCAAACUGACCUUCAACUUUAAGGAUAUCAAGGCCCAUGAUGAGAUCUGUUUGAAGUAUCCUUUACAAUGCAAGGACUGUGGCAAGAAGAAGAUCCCAAGAGAAAAGUUCACUGACCACAUCAAGACUUGUGCCAAGUCAAAGAGUGCCUGUCCAUAUAGUGAACUAGGCUGUAAAACUGUGGUAGAGAAUGGGAAGAUCAGUGAGCAUGAGCAGAGCUGCACCAUGGAGCACUUGCGCCUGCUGCUGCCCAUGGUGCUGUCCGUGACUCGAACCCGUUCAGAGGCGUCUGGUCCCGGGGAGUGGCAGGAGGACGGGCCUGGUUGGGGCCUAUACAGGGGUCCUGGGGAUGGAGUGGUGGAAGACUCUGCCGCCAUCCCACAGCCAGUGGAUUUGGAUAAAAAGGUAUCUGCUUUGGAAAACAUUGUGUGUGUCCUAAACCGGGAAGUUGAGCGCAAUUCUCUCACACAGGAGGCCUUUGCUCACCAACAUCGAUUAGACCAAGAAAAUAUAGAAAAUUUGUCCAACAAAAUUCGACAGCUAGAAAGGACGUUGACGAUGAGAGACUUGCAGUUGUCUGAGACCGAACAACUAGUUCGGGAACUCCAGUUCUGUACCUAUGACGGGGUAUUUGUCUGGAAAAUCUCAGACUUCUCGCGCCGCAGGCAGGACGCCGUGGCCGGUCGAACACCUGCAAUGUUCUCACCAGCGUUUUACUCAAGCAAAUAUGGCUACAAAAUGUGUCUGAGGCUGUAUCUGAACGGGGACGGGACGGGGCGAGGAACACACCUUUCGCUGUUCUUUGUUGUCAUGAGGGGCAAGUGUGAUGCUCUGCUCAAAUGGCCAUUCAGUCAGAAGGUGACUCUAAUGCUCUUGGAUCAAAACAACAGAGAGCACAUUAUUGAUGCUUUCCGUCCUGAUAUCACCUCCACCUCGUUCCAAAGGCCGAUCAGCGAAAUGAACAUCGCCAGCGGCUGCCCGCUCUUCUGCCCACUGGCUAAGCUGGCUGGCAAAAGCCCUUAUCUAAGAGAUGAUACAAUUUUCAUUAAAGCCAUUGUAGACCUCACAGGGUUAUAGGCUACAAGGUGUGGGCUGUGGAAGCCACACUUCAGAAACUGCAGUAAAAAAGGCACAUAAAAUAAUAAUAUAAUAUAUAAAUAAUAUAGGUAUAUAAUAAACCUAUAUUUAUUUAAGAAAUGACCUUAUUAUAAUAAUAUUAAUAAUAAUAAUGAUAAUCAUAAGGACAAUUAUAAAGUUAAGGCUAUUAGCUAAUUUACAUACAUUUUAUUACUUACAAAUGCUAUUGCAUACUUUAUAAAUCAAUUAUAUUACUGAAGGAAUGUUACAUUAGUGUGUAGAUAACAGCUGAGUUUAGGUGGUUGGUUGAAUUGUAUAAAUGUUUGAACUUGUAAACAUUAAUAGGUGAAUAGUCAAGUGUUGCUUUCUAAUUCUUAAUCAUGCUAAUGUGACAUUCCUCUCAGAUGGUAAGUAAAAUACACGAGGUAUUAUUACAUAUCCUGGUAUAGGAGAAAUACAGUAACCCAUGCUUAACUUUCUUUGUAUUCUUAUAUCUAUGUAUUUCCUUUGGAAUUUAUAAUAUGUUCUUUGAUAUUAUCCUUUAUUAGUUCUACAUUUAGAUUUAACUUAAAAUUUUAACUAAAUUCUGUUUAAUGCACUAUAUGCAAUUUAAUCUGUUAUACCUGUUAGAAUCUCCUACUAUCAGUUUUACAUGUUUGGUGUGAUGUUUUAGUGUGUGAUUGUACACAUUAAUAAAGUAACCAUUUAUUGCAAUAACGUGUUCUUUAAUAUAAAAAAACAAUGUUUGGAUGUAGCACAAACUCUACAAUAUAAAUUAACCUUGAUCUGGAAAUAAAAGGUGCAGAAGACAAUAUCUGCCUUAAAAUGAGCUCUGUUUGAAGUCAAAAUAUAUUGCAAUAAAAAAAGGACAUUUCUA